CGCUCAAGUGAGUCAUACAGUUGAGGAGCGAAGGUCGUUCGUGGCGGAUCGUCUAUAGCGGUUUUCAUGUAACAAAAAUUCUUCACUUGCAAAAUAAGAAUCGAAAGUUACCGUUAGUUAUAAAAAUACAAAUACAACUAAAAGCAUCAGCUGUGCUGUGGGAAAAGUUUAAAAUAAAAGCCAUGUGUACAAUAGCAGGCCCUUAAAUGAAUAAAUAAUAGUGCAUUUAAAAAUUGUGUAAAAUAAACCGUUGCGUGUGACUUUCUGUGUUUAGAUUUCGGAUAACGGCAGAGCAACAAUUAUGCCAAACUAAUUACACUGCUGUAUUCGGCUUUUGUGCUUUGGCUUACACUUUUCGCGCCCUUUCACAUAGCCCCAUUUACAUGCACCAAGUAUUUUCUGUGCCUACGUACAUAUAAGUAUACAUGCAAUAGCCGGUUUUUUAGUGCAAUAUUCGUAUAUUUAAUUUUAUGAGCUAAGUAAAGCGUCUGUUCUACUGCUCAGCGCAAGACAUUGCGUUUUGUUUGCUUUCAAUAAGCAUUUAAACUCGUCGCGCUGCUUCAACUGUGACUUUGUCAAUAACGAUUUUUCUCAAAUCUCAGUUAAAGUGAAUGCAAGUAAUUAUAUUUACUCGAACGACCAGUUUGCAUUGCAUGCGCCAGCAAUACGAAAUAAAAUAUAAAACAAAAACAUUAAAUUACAACAACAGCAAUAAGAUGGCAAUGAUAAGUGCAGAGAUUCCGGUAACUCAUCUCAAUGGCGGUGCCACAUUCGGGGUUCCCACAAUGCUUUCCGAUAUUUCCGCGCUGCCCUCGGUGCAAUUGGGUGACUUCACGCUCCAAUUCGAAUUGGGCGAACCUACAGAGCGUGCCAAGGAAGUGGCUAUAAAAGAAUUACGCGAAUCACCAGAAGUCAAAGCAGAGGCCGUAAAGGAAUUAAAGCGAUUAAUGGAAGCCGAGACAGAUUUGCUCUACCCAAAGGACAACGAUGAAUGGUUCGUACGCUUUUUGCGUCCAUGCAAAUUUUAUCCGGAGAGUGCGCGUGAUUUGAUCAAACGCUACUACUCCUUCAAACAGAAGCACGCCAAUGUCUAUGACGGCCUGGUGCCCAGCAAGGAAGCCAACAUUUUCCAAAACAACAUACUCACCGUUUUUCCGAAUCGUGAUCAAUGCGGUCGUCGUAUUUUGUUACUCGAGCUGGGCAAACGUUGGAAGCACAAGCAAGUCACGCUCGAUGAAGUUUUCAAAGGCGCUGUACUCUUCCUGGAGGCAGCCAUGCUAGAGCCGGAAACACAAAUCUGCGGCGCCAUUGUGAUAUUCGACAUGGACGGCCUGAGUCUACAACAGACCUGGCAAUUUACGCCACCAUUCGCAAAGCGUAUUGUCGAUUGGCUGCAAGACUCAGUGCCGCUGCGUGUCAAGGCCAUACACAUCGUGAAUCAACCGAAAAUUUUCAAUGUUGUCUUUGCGCUCUUCAAGCCAUUCUUACGUGAAAAAUUGCGUUCGCGCAUCUAUUUCCAUUCCACCGAUCGCGAAUCACUGCACAAACACAUUUCGCCCAAAUGCUUGCCUGCCACAUACGGUGGCGACUUGGAGUUGCAGCGCAUCGACGGCGGCCAAUGGUAUGAGCUGCUGCUGCUGUGCGACAAUGAGUAUGUGGCGAUAAACUCCUAUGGCUACAAGAAGAAGUGAGUGCACAAAGGAGGGAUGGGUGAUUGUUUGGAAAGAAUAUAAGGAUUGAUUGAGCGAAUUUUGUAAAAGUAAGAAAUGCCGUCUGCACAAUUUGGAGUAGUAGCAAAUAUUUGAAUUGUAUGAAGUGAAAAAAAAAACAAAAAAAAGAUGGUUUUGCCAGUUUCUUGAUAUGCAGUAAGGAGUUAUUAAAGGGUAUUCAAAAGCGCUGGGUGCGAUACGAUAGGAGGUAAAUAUGACCAAACAGCACUUUUGUCAAUAAAUAUUCUGUUACUCCGUUACUUAAGUGAUAUAAUUAUGAAUUUGAAAAUAAUGUUAUGCGUAGUGAAAUUAAGCUAUAUUCGGCCGCUAUACUAUAUAUACAAGUGGCCUAAAUGCAAAAAUGCAGCUCAAAAACUAUGCCUGUACUUAUAUACCUAUUUAAAAUAUUAUUACUUGUUAGUUGUUAUUUUGUUUAUGAAUAAUUUUUGGGUAUCUUUAAAAAAAAUAUAUAAAGCAAAACAAAAAAAUUAAAAAUAAAUACAAAAUGUAUGCGAUAAUAGAAAGUUUUAAAUAAUUGUUUUCUGGGGUUAACAGGGAAUGCAGACUUUUUUAUUUUCUGCAAAAUUUAUUAAAUUUCCAGAAUUACUUAUAGAGAGCAACACACAAUUGGCAUGAAAUAAAAAUACUCGCGACAUUUAGUUUUUCAAUGAAGGCAAUAGAUAUUUUUUUAAAUAAGAUAAAUAUUUUAUAAAAUGUAAAAGGUUAAAUAUUUCAUAAAAUAAUUAUUAUUAUAUUAUAUUUAAUUCUUAUUGUCCAAUGCAUUCCUAACUGUUAAAAAUGUUACUUUUACCGUUACAAAUAUGACUUUACAGCAAAUACUGUACUUAAAAAUCGCAUGCAACUUAAAUAGUUAAAAUAGUUUUUAAAUGAGAAAGAAUUGCUUGUUAAAAAUCGACUUAAAAUAUAUAAAAGUUGUCUGGACCUCAAUCUAAA